UCCAUCUCUUUCUUCCUCAACUCACCUCAUUCUCAAUCCUUCCGACUCGAUCUCUCUCUGCCUCCGUCAACCUCCGCUUCAAUCUUUCUUUCUCCUUCACUCAGAAUUUUUCAGCGACUCCGCUUUGCCAAACUUUUCCCUUCAGACUAGGCCAAAGGACGGCCAAAAUGGGGGGAGGAAUGGAGGCUAACAAGAACAAGUUCAUAGAGGAGUGGGGUUCUGCAAGAGAGAACCUUGAGCACAACUUCCGUUGGACACGCCGCAACUUUGCCCUUAUUGGAUUGUUCGGCAUAGCCAUCCCAAUCUUCGUCUACAAGGGUAUCGUCAAAGAAUUUCAUAUGCAAGAUGAAGAUAACGGUAGACCAUACAGAAAAUUUUUGUGAGCAUUGAGAGAAAUGCUUGCGAACAAUGUUCAAUGAAGAACAAAGUUCCAUUUUCUGAUAUGAAUGAAUUGUUUGCACUUUUAUUAUAUAAAUUUGUGGCGAAGUGAUGUUAGCAGCCAGUUUACUUUGCUUUGGAAUUGUAUUUUGCCAUUGUUAUCUAACUUUGCUUGUUUUUUUUUUUGUGAGCGUUGAGAGAAAUGCUAAACUGUUUGCACCAAUAAAAUUUGUGUCAAUGUUAACAGGCCAGUUUACUUGGUUUUGGAA